CUCUUCUGAAUCAGAGAUAUUAAUAUUACCGCGCGCGCGACACACACAGACACAAAGUAACCGCCGCGCGCGAUCUGAUACAUCGUUCCAUUCAGGCGCGGAUUAGAACUCUUUGUUACACUGUGACGUUGCAGUGAUUGUGAUACAUUGUGUCUGAUGAAGAUGAUGAUGGAGCGCUGGAAGGGGAGAGUCGCGUUGGUCACCGGAGCGUCUGUCGGCAUCGGAGCGGCUGUCGCGCGCGUUCUCGUUCAGCACGGCAUGAAAGUGGUCGGUUGCGCGCGGAACGUGGACAAAAUCGAGAAGUUGGCAGCCGAGUGUCAGAGCGCCGGAUACAGCGGCACCCUGAUCCCGUAUAAGUGUGAUCUGUGCAACGAGGACGAGAUCCUCUCCAUGUUUUCCGCCAUUAAGACGUUGCAUCAGGGAGUGGACGUGUGUAUUAACAACGCUGGUCUGGCUCACAACGAACCACUGCUCAGCGGAAGCACUGAAGGGUGGAGGAACAUGAUCGAUGUCAACGUCCUCGCUCUGGCCAUCUGCACGCGUGAGGCCUACCAGUCCAUGAAGGAGAGAAACGUGGACGACGGACACAUCAUCAACAUCAACAGUAUGGGGGGUCACAGGAUGGUGCCCAGCGCUGACGAACACUUUUACUGCGCCACCAAAUAUGCUGUGACCGCCAUGACAGAAGGAUUGAGACAGGAGCUACGGGAGGCCAAAACACACAUACGAGCCACGAGUAUAUCUCCUGGAAUAGUGGAAACUGAGUUUGCCUUCCGGCAUCACAACAGCGACCCAGAGCGAGCUGCGGGUGUGUAUGAGAGUAUAAAGUGUCUGAAAGCAGAAGACAUCGCGAAUGCCGUUACGUUCGUCCUGAGCGCGCCCGCUCAUGUUCAAAUCGGUGACGUGCAGAUGCGGCCGGUGGAGCAAGUGUCGUAGGACGGGGAGCGGCGCCCCCUGCUGGACAGAACAUGCACUACACCUCGUUUUAAAGAACUGGAUGAAGGGAAUUUGGGUUUGCAGAUCAUCGGGUAGCAUGCGAGAGCGUCCGGAGGACCUCUGGGUAAAUGUACAGACACACACGCUCUGCUGCCGCAGUCUCAAACACAAGGGGAACUCGGCCUUUCAUGCGGGAAACUGGAACAAAAGAUGAGAAGUGUUUCUGUUGGACACUGUCAUCUGUCAACGCUCAUACAGAGAUGAGUAUGCUAUGAAUUGCACAUCAUUUUGCUCUUUUUAUUUUAUUUGUAGGUCAUAUUGCAUAUCUGUUUGAGAGUGUGUGGCGAUCGGUGCGGGUGAUGUUAAUUACUGUAGUCAAACUUGAAUUGUGUGUAGAUGUGGUUCUGAUACCGUAUUUACCGUGGACUGUAUACCGUGCGUUCCUCGAGGCUCCAGCUUUUAUGAAAUGAAAUCAAGCGCAUGAUUUUCCUAAGAGAGAUGAAAUGAUUGCAGACACACUCCACAUCAGAAACCUGAUCAAUGUCUUUACACUGAAGGGAUGACACUGGCGUCGAGGACACUGAAAUAAUACUUAUAUACUGAUGAUUAUUGAUUAUGGAUAAAUUCCUUAUAAAUUCUUUUCGGUUAAACUCUUUUAUAUUUGGGUAAAUAUAAUCUUAAUUGAACUAUUCAGCAAAUACGAAAUAAAUUAAAUAUGAAAUUCUCAUGAAACCUGUCCAGUUCACAUUUGCAUGAAAAUUAAGGACAUUUAUUUGUGACAUUAUUUCAUGGAAAGAAUGUUUUCCCUCAAUUCUAAUUAUUAUAAUUAAAAAAAAAAAGAGGAUUUAUUAAUCAUGGUACUGUUUGUUGUGUUGCCUUUAUGCAUAUUUUAUGUUUAAAAAAAAACAUUAUUUUUUUUUCUUUAAUUUUUAAUACAAUUACAAAAUACUGUAAUGUUAUAUUUUAAACUAAAGUAUUUAAUAUGGCAGAUUUAAUAUAAUCACUUAACGAAAAAUUGUUAUAAAAUAAUUUUCUUUAGUUUAGGGUGAACUGUGACCUUGGACAUGUUUCCGUGAGAUUCACACACACUUUAAGGGUGGAAACACACAAUCGAGUGUUAAUCUGAAGGGAUUCUGUUAUAAUGUAUAAAUCCACAUGAACUCUGCCCAAUGUUAACGCUAUUUGGUUUGUAUGUUUUUAGCAUGGAUUAAUUAUGAAUUUGCAUGAAUGUCAGCUUUUAACUCUUAUAAAAACUGAAGAUGUACAAAUAAGGAACUAUUACUGUAAGUAAGGGCCAGUGUUGAUCACAGUGAGGUUAAAGUUCAGCGCCUGACCCUGAAGAGGAAGGGUUUUAUCUCAUGUUGGCCUGUCCUUCAAUCAUCACGCCCAGAACGCUGAUAAAACACCUGAUAAUGACAAUAAAACACAGUGGCCACAACUAA